ACGAAGCGUCUUAGGCCCAUAAUCACAUACCCUAACAAGCGUAUCUCCAUCUAUUAUACUUAAAUGAGUAUUUAAACCGCUCCAUCUAGAGCUAAUUUUCACUUUACACAGCAGCAAUGAGCUGUUCUUCCAACAACACUCACCAACAACACAAGAUCCCCGAAGACCUUAUCCUGGGACGCUCCUUCAUGGAAAGUAGCAAUUCCAUUUUUAAAGUGGUGAAGAGCCGCCGGCAAAAGUUCUCCAUCACUAACUACCAUGAGAGGACCGGCCGAGAUGGCGAUCACGGCGAUAGGAAGGCAAAGCAUAGAGAGAUUGAGAGGCAAAGACGGCAAGAAAUGGCUUCGCUUUGCGUGGGUCUUAGAUCCAAAUUGCCCCUCGAAUUCAUCAAGGGGAAGCGUUCGAUGUCAGAUCACAUGAACGAGGCCGUGAAUUACAUCAAACACCUACGGGCGAAGAUUAGAGAGCUGAGCUUCAAGAGAGACGAGCUCAAGGGCAUUCAUAGUUUGGCUGCCCUCAGCUCUCCUAGCUCCAAUUCUUCCUGCUCCACCACGUUUACAGUCAAUUCAUGCUGCGAGAGUGUGGAAAUCGUGAUCAGCCGAAGCAUCAGGGAAAAGGAUUUGCUGUUAUCUACUGUACUAGAGCUACUGCUUCAACAAGGACUUGAUGUUGUUAGCUGUUUUUCCAGUCAAACGUCUGAUAGGAUAGUCCACACAAUCCAGUGCGAGCUGGCGUAUGGGAACGGAAGUUUCGAUUUAACUCACUUGAAGGGAGAACUCAGGGAACUGCUCAUUCCAACAUGCAACCCGUGAUUACAAUUCGCAAGUAAUGUAACAUGUGAUUACCAUGACUGUUGUUAUACUAAAGAGGAUUUGUGCCCCUUAUGGAAAUUAAUUUCCUAGAGCAACGCAUCUGGAAGGAUGAGGCCUCCUGCUUGUUUUUAACUCAGUUUCUGAUAUUGGAGGAGGUAUGAGAUUUUGAUUGUAGUAGCUUUUGCAUGUUGAAAUUUGCAAAAUAGUACCUUCCACACAAUAAAGAACAGGAAAAAUAUGGCUAAAACAAACAUAUUGCGACGACUGAUGAGCUUCUUGGUAGAAAGCAAACAGCAAGAAUUUUUCCUAGCUAAUUGGUAUGCACUGCUUGUAAGUUGUGGGAAAUUGAGAUAUUCAUUAUGUUGUCUUUGCACAAUCUACCAAAGACCUUUCAUGUUUU